CACUCAUCGAAAUAUAAAACAAAUGUAACAUCCACCCUUGCAGCAACAUUCCUAAAUUUCUAAUCAUCAGACAUUCAUCACAUUUUUCCACGCCUCACACACGAAACAAUUGAACACCAAUAACCACAUAAUCACCAUGGACAAACUCUCCGGUCUCGCCUCGAAGCUCAGCGGUGGCAACAAGUCUGGUGGUGACGCGCAGGCCUCGGGGUCUAGCGGAAACCAGGGCCAGGAGGAUUACCUUGAUAAGGGUGAGUAUUUUUUUUUUUUCACGCGCGCGCCUAUAAUAUUAUGUUGUUGGUUUGGGCUAUCGCGGCUGGAAUGGAAUGCUGAUAUCAUCGCUCUUGUAGGUCUCGACUCUGUUGAACAGAAGUUCGGUGGUGGCAAGAUCGAUCCUCAGAAGAUGCGCUCGACGAAUGAGAAAAUCACAGAUACGGCGAGGAACCAGUUUGAGAGUGCUACCGGAAGGAAAGUCCCUGAGAAGUUUUCCAAUUAGUUUCACUGUAGGAGGCAGUGAAGGGAUAUGAGAAUAUUUAUAG